AUGCGCAGCCGCCGUGCCCAGCGCGACGCUGGCAGCGCGGCGCCACCCAUGGCUGCCAUUGGAGUCUGCGGCGGCAUGACGCCGCGGGACCGCGCUGCCAUUGCGCUGGCUGCCGCAUGCACAGCUGCCGUGCCCAGCGCGACGCCAGCAGAGACGCUACCCGUGGUCGCAGAGGGGCGCGGCGCACUGCCGAAGUUGUUAGCGGCUGCCCCUCGCGCGGCGUCGGCAGUGGCGAUGGCAGCCGCCGUGCCAGCCAGCACCAUGUGUCCGUCAGCGGAGACAGGCACGAGUCCCAGUUCGGGCUGUGCGUCCCAGCGCUCUUCACCCAGCUUAGCCCAGCGCACAAGUCCGCAUUCUCGCACGGUUGGCGCCACACCUGCACCAGCAGACGAGAUGGCCGCCACGACUGUGUCGCAGACGGCGACCACAGCAGAGGCAAUAGCCUCACGUGGCCCUGGCGCCAGAGUGCCGCCGCCAGCACCCGUGGCUGCAGGCUCGAAGGAGGAUGACCCCACGUGUUCCUCGAUGGUCCUCGCCGAGGACCCUGCGAGCGGCCGCUUCGAGCACGCGGCGCUGUCGGAGGCCCUCUGCCAGGCCCGCGCGGCCCCGCGGGCC